AUGGCAGCUACGGUUACCUUUGUGACUCUCCUCCACCUGCUCCUCCCCCUGCUCCUCCCCCUUCUGCAUGUUGUCACCGCCAUCACGUUGAACAUCACCAAUCAAUGUUCCUACACCGUGUGGCCGGCCGCUGUACCGGUGGGCGGCGGCAUGCCGCUGGACCCAGGGAAGACAUGGACCCUCAAGGUGCCCGAUUCUUCCACCAGCACAACAGUUUGGGCACGAACAGGCUGCUCAUUUGAUAGCGGAGGCAACGGGUCGUGCCAGACAGGCGACUGCGACGGCAUGCUCGCUUGCAAGAGGUAUGGUCAGCCGCCCACCACGACUGCUAAUUUCGAACUCCUCCAUCUUUACGCCAACACUUUCUUCUAUAUUUCCCUCUUCUACGUCUUCAAUGUACCCAUGGAGAUCCUGCCAGUGCCAGUCGAGUGGAAAAAAAGAUCAGGGUGCAGCAAGGGGCCGCGCUGUGCUGCCAACAUCACAUCGCAGUGUCCGAUCGAGCUCAAGGUGCCCGGAGGCUGCAACAGCGCAUGUGAAGUGUUCACGAAUCAGUCCUAUUUGUACUGCUGCUCUGGGGACGGAUGUUUACCCGAUAAAUACUCGGCCUAUUUUGUGCAGAUGUGCCCGGAGGCAAUAAGUUUCUCUGAAUAUUCUCCCUCGCAAGCUGCAUUCAGUUGUCCGAGAUAUACCAACUACAUGGUAGUCUUCUGCCCACCAAUCGAUCUACCCUCUUCGCCGGCUCCAAGUCCUGCUUCAACUGCUAUUGGGCCAUCAAGCACAGGACCCUCAUCCAGAAAAGUAGACAUAGUUGUUCCGAUUGCAAUUGCAGCUUCCAUAGUCAGUUUCAUUUUCAUUGUCGCAUUCAUCCUUUUCGUCAUACAUCAAAGAAGGACACGACGACGCCAUGAGAUGGAGGAAGAGGAGGCAGAGUUUGGUAAGCUACAAGGAACACCAAUGAGGUUCACGUUUCAACAGUUAGAAGUAGCGACCGAGCAAUUCAAAGGCAAGCUUGGGGAAGGAGGAUUUGGGUCUGUUUUCAAGGGACGGCUAGGUGAGGAAAGGGUUGCAGUAAAAUGUUUGGAUCGAGCUGGUCAGGGAAACAGAGAAUUUUUGGCAGAGGUUCAAACAAUAGGCAGCAUUCAUCAUAUCAAUCUAGUGAGGCUGUUUGGUUUCUGUGCUGAGAAAUCCCACAGGCUCUUGGUAUACGAGUAUAUGCCCAAAGGAUCCUUGGAUAGGUGGAUCUAUUGUCGACCUGACAAUGAUGCUCCUCCUCUAGAUUGGAGCACACGAUGCAAGAUAAUCACUAACAUAGCUAAGGGUCUCUCUUAUCUUCAUGAGGAAUGCGUGAAGAGAAUUGCUCAUUUGGAUUUCAAGCCACAAAACAUCCUCAUAGCUGACAACUUCAAUGCCAAAAUUUCUGAUUUUGGCCUAUGUAAGCUCAUUGAUAGGGAUAUGAGCCAAGUGGUUACUAGAAUGAGAGGGACACCUGGAUACUUAGCUCCUGAAUGGUUGGCAUCACAAAUCACAGAGAAGGCUGACGUUUAUAGCUUUGGCAUUGUGGUCAUGGAAAUCAUCAGUGGAAGAAAGAACCUCGACACUUCCCGGUCUGAAGAGAGCAUCCAUCUUAUUACUCUACUGGAAGAAAAGGUGAAGAACGGUUACUUGGUAGACUUGAUUGACAAGAGCAGUAACGACAUGCAAGCACAUGAGCAAGACAUAAUUCAGAUGAUGAAGCUCGCCAUGUGGUGUUUGCAGAUUGACUUUCAAAGAAGGCCUAAAAUGUCAGAGGUAGUCAAAGUCUUGGAAGGUAGCAUGGAUGCUGAGAGCAAUAUAGAUCAUAACUUUGUUGCAACAAAUGAAGCAAAUUUCUAUAUUGCUGGAAAUGUGAAAUCCUCUGCUCCACCUGUAGCCUCAGAUCUAUCAGGUCCCAGGUGA